CGCUCCCGCAGCUCCCGAGAGCGACCGCCGGUGAUGCGGGGAGCAGCGCCAAGCGCUCGGGCGGGGCUGGGGCACCGGGCUGUGCCCCCCUCGUGCCCGCGGGAGGAGCGGGGCGGCGGGACGUGGCUCCGCGCCCGCGGUCCCUCCCCCCGAGCCGGUCCCUCCCCCUGAGUCGGCACAGCCGCUGCCGUCGCGGCUCCGCUAAAGUUUUCGCCGAGUGCGCCGGACCCGGUCCCCACCGGUCCCGAGAUGCGUUCGGGAGCCGCCGCGAGCCCAGCCCCGACAGCUCUGUCCCAGGAGUCCCCGUGACCAGGAAUCUUGCACAGGGUUGCCCACAUGCCAGGGCCGUCACCACCAGGGUGGAGAAGCUGCUGAGGGCCAGUAGGAAGCCGUGUGUCCUGCGCUGUGUCCUAUGCAUGUGGUCCAGAGGAGGGAUGUCCCAGCCACAUCUCUUUACCCUCCUGGUGCUGCUGCUCUGCUGCCAGGGCCCCUCUGCCCAGAUCACGGAUAAUGUCGUUGAGAGAUGGAAGGAGUACAGCGAAGAGUGCCAGCGCAACAUGAGCCGCCUGCCUGCGCCCACAGAGCUGGUCUGUAACCGCACCUUCGACAAGUUCUCAUGCUGGCCUGACACGACGCCCAACAGCACAGCCAGUGUGCCCUGCCCCUGGUUCCUGCCCUGGUACCAGAAAGUGAAGCACAGACACGUCUUCAAGACCUGUGGGCCAGACGGCCAGUGGGUGACAGGGCCACAGGGACAGUCCCUGCGCGAUGCUACACAGUGUGAGCAGGAUGACGAGGACCUAAAGGCACAGGAAAAAUUUGCCAAGACCUAUGGCAGCUUCAAGGUGAUGUACACUGUGGGCUACUCUGUGUCCCUGUGUGCACUGCUGCUUGCCCUGGCCCUGCUGCUGGGCUUCAGCAAGCUGCACUGCAUGAGGAACUACAUCCAUAUGAACCUCUUCGCCUCCUUCAUCUUGAAGGGCGUCUCUGUGCUGGUCAUUGACGCCCUGCUCAAGACCCACUACAGUGACAAGAUCGAUGGCUACAACGUGCAGGUCUGGCUGAGUGACGAGGCAGCCGCAGGCUGCCGGGCAGCCACGGUCUUCAUGCAGUACGGCAUCGUGGCCAACUACUGCUGGCUGCUGGUGGAAGGCAUCUACCUGCAUAACCUGCUGGUGGUGGCCGUCUUCUCCGAGAGGAGCUACUUCACCCUCUAUCUGUGCAUCGGCUGGGGGGCACCCAUGCUGUUCCUGAUUCCCUGGGUCAUCGUGAAGUUCCUCUACGAAAACAUACAGUGCUGGUCCACGAACAACAACAUGGGCUUCUGGUGGAUCCUUCGCUUCCCCGUGUUCCUGGCCAUCCUGAUCAAUUUCUUCAUCUUCAUCCGCAUCAUUCAGAUCCUUGUUUCCAAGCUCCGUGCACACCAGAUGCGCUACACUGACUACAAGUUCAGGUGGGUGCUGGACAUGGCUCGCCCUGUGUUCCCAUGGUGCACACGCAUGUGUGUCCACCCGGUGACCCCAUCCCACAGGCUGGCCAAGUCCACACUGACACUGAUCCCACUGCUGGGCAUCCACGAGGUGGUCUUCGCCUUCAUCACAGAUGAGCAUGCCCAGGGCACGCUGCGUUACGUCAAGCUCUUCUUCGACCUCUUCCUGAGCUCCUUCCAGGGGAUGCUAGUGGCCAUUCUCUACUGCUUCGUCAACAAGGAGGUGCAGGCAGAGCUGCUGAAGCGGUGGCAGCGCUGGAAGCUGGGGAAGGACCUGGCUGAGGAGUACAAGCACACCUACAGCCACGGACCCAGCGCCCGCAACGGCGCUGGCAGCACCUGUGAGAAGCACCAGCUGGUGAGUGGCUGCACCAACGGGCUGGGGCGCAGCCUGGCCCCCCACCCCAGCUCCCAACGCCUGGAGAGGAGUGGGCGCAGCACUGCCGAGCACCUCGCCCUGGGGGGCCAUCACCACUGCUAUGAGUUUCCCGAGACCACGGCUGAGAGCCACUUCUGAACCCGCAGCCAGGCAGGAGGGCUGUGAGGAGCUGCUGGGAUGCCACCGUUCCCUGCCCUGACCUCCCCAGGUGCUGGCAGGCACUGGGAUCUGCCACCCUGG